AUGUAUUUAGAUCUACCUUGUGGAAUAGCUGUUGGUAACAUGGUUGUGCUGAAAGGUGUGUAUCUCAACGACACAGGGUUCACUCUAAAUCUGAAGAACGCCGCCAACAUUAUCCUCAACUUCCGCCCCCGCAUCAAGAACCUUCCUGUAGUCACGCUAAACUACAAGUAUAACAAUGUCUGGGGGACAGAGUGGGUUCCCCUCUACAACACAUUCCCCUUCAACGUCGGCCAGCCGUUUAGCCUGCACAUCCUGGCCGGUGGCACUGGUUACGUCAUCUUCAUCGACGGCAAGUGGUUCAGUAACUUCACCUACGUCAUGCCGACAACUAGUGCCAGAUAUUUUGAACUCACCGGCGCGAUCAAACUUCUGGAAUUAAGUGUUUAA